GCCUAACCUCUUUCAGGGCGGUGUAUAUCAAUAUAUAUAUCUUUUGACAGUUUCGCAAUGAUAGCUAGGCGCUGACUCGGAGCUACCGACCACGAUGAACCACCUUGAAUUAGACAACCUCCAAGCCUCCCUGAACAAUGCGCUAAACAGUCUACGCGUCGCAAUGGACGGGUCGGGAUUGCCGCCUUUGUCUUCACAGUAUGGAACCGACACGCACCCUUUGGAUAGCAUGGACCAGCCCACACCAGUUGGUGUAUACGAAGCCCGCAGAGCAGCGCUAGGUGUAGAGCUCAAGAAUCUUCUGCAACAUCCCUUUGAGAAAGCCGCUGAGAGCGCCUUUUCCAUGUAUGAUUAUCCUUCCGUUCAAGUCUUUAUUGAACAUGGCAUCGUGGACCGCAUGGCGAAAGAGCCAUCUGGCAUCUCUGUCAAAACUCUCCAGUCAGAACUGGACCUUGACUCCCAUAAGCUCACCACGGUAUUACGCCAUCUGUCAGUUUAUGGUUGGAUUCGAGAGACUCAGGAUGGUAUUUUUGCCUUGAAUCGCUCCUCUCGCAUUUUACUACAAGGCCAAAGGGGUCGUGCAGUAGUGAUGGCUCCCAACUACAUGAGGAUUGCAGAGGCUCUUCCUCGAUGGCUUGUGCAUCCCGAAUUCAGGUUCUCUAAGUCUCCAGAUCACACCGCAUUUCAACUUGCGAACAAUACUACAAAGCCAUUCUUCGAAUGGGUGAAAGAUGAUAGGGAUUAUCUUGACCGAUUUGCAGCGGGUGUCGAGGCAAUCGGCGAAUAUGUGACCCCAGGAAUAUUAUCGGACUACCCAUGGCAAACGUGCUCAGAAUCAACUAUUGUUGAUUGUGCAGGGAGAUUUCCUGCCCUCAGUCUUGUUGUCCAGGAGAGGGAAGAGAUGAUCGGGCCUGCUGAAGCUAACAUCAAGGCCCGUUUGGAUCCCAACUCAGUUCAUGGCACAGUAGUUGCUGAAGCUAAUGACUUGUUCUCUGCUCAACCACGCACUGGGGAUAAAUAUACCUUCAUGUUACGACAUUCCAAAAUCCUGAUCAUCGAGAGAAUUUCUGGGCACUAUCCCGACACUCAUGUCGAGCUUGAACAUAGCCCAGUAAACACAAUGGAUAGCACAGCUCCUGCUUCCCUCAUAACCGAGCAAACCAUUCUCAAUUCCUCAUUUCGCAUGCCACAGGCACUCGCCUUGCAUCUCUUGUGUAUUUUGAAUUGCCACGAAAGGACAUGGGAUCAGUGGCGAACUAUAAUUUCCCGGGCUGGCCUUGUAAUCACAGGGGUGUACAAGCUUAGGACUUACGUGUCUAUCAUGGAGUGUCGCGCUAUUCAUGCAAACGAGAGUUGAGAUGACCUUAUAUUGACAACUCGUUAUCUGCUAUA